AUGGCCGCCUCGGCCGACAACAGCGCAGCGACGGCGGCGGCGGCGGGUCCGGCAGGCAGCACGCUGCCGGCAGAGCUCAAGGCGCAGUUUGACGAGCAGAUAAAGCUGACUGCCAUCCGCAUCCCAAAGCAGAACACCAGCCAGUACAUGAAGCUGCUCUCCAAGCACUUGUUCAACAAGCCGCGAUUAAGGAAUGUGAUGGAGGACCCCAGCGACCCCGAUCUGCGGCUGUUGCUCCUGGAGGAGACACUUGUGGAGGCAGAUCUGGACAGCAGGCAGAUUGAGGGGGCGGCUUCCGCCAAGACAGUGGCCGAGCUGGUGCAAGCCGACGGGCUGCAAGUCACUACAGCACAUGUGGAUGUAGACUAUUCCUACUGGCCUGCACAUGUUGUGCUGCGGCGGCUGCUCCCCGAGGGCCUCGAGGUGCCCAGCUCAUUUGAGAGCGUGGGCCACAUCGCACACCUGAACCUGCGGACAGAGCUGCUGCCGUAUAAACACUUGAUUGGCAAGGUCAUUCUUGACAAGAACCCGCGGCUGAAAUCUGUUGUGAACAAGCUGGCCAGCAUUGAGAAUGAGUUCCGUGUGUUCCCAAUGGAGCUGGUGGCAGGGCAGGAGGGCACCGAGACGGAGCUGCGCCAGCACGGCGCGCGCUUCCGGCUCGACUUUCGAAAGGUCUACUGGAACUCGCGGCUGGAGGGUGAGCACCAGCGCCUUGUGCAGCUGUUCCGGCCUGGGGAGGCAGUUCUGGAUGCCAUGGCGGGCAUUGGGCCCUUCGCCAUCCCCGCCGCGCGCAAGGGCUGCCUGGUGUAUGCCAACGACCUCAACCCUGCCAGCUUUGAGUACCUCUGCACCAACAUCCGCAUCAACCGGCUGGCCGGCAAGGUGCUGCCGUUCAACGCCGAUGGCCGUGACUUCAUGCGGCAGGCGGCGGCGGGGCGGUUGGACGUUGCAGGAGCAGCAGCUGUGGUACCGGCGUCCGCGGAAGGGGGCAAGGGGCGGCGGGGCAAGCAGCAGCAACAGCCGGGGCAGCAGCAGCAGCGCAGCCAGCAGCAGCCAGCAGCAGCAGCAGCUGCUGCCGCACCAGCGCAGUCACCUGGUGCGGAGCAAGGUGCUGCGGACGCAGGGCCGCAGCAGGGGCCGGCAUCUGGCAGCUGCAGCGGGGUGUUCCAUCACAUUGUGAUGAACCUGCCGGCGGCGGCUGUGGAGUUCUUAGACGCCCUUCGCGGCAGCUUCUGCCCCGAGCUGUGGCAGGGGCAGCCGCUGCCGCUGGUGCACGUCUACACCUUCUGCAAGGGAGAACAGGAGCUGGCAGGCGUUAGGCAGCGGGUGGAGGCCAGCCUGGGCGGCACGCUGGAUGUGGAGCCGCGGCAGCAUGUGGUGCGGGACGUGGCCCCCGGCAAAAUCAUGCUGUGCAUCACCUUCCGCCUCCCGCCCAGCAUCGCGUUUGCAGAGGCCAACAAGCGACAGAAGCUGGAGCAGUGA